GAGCUCCUUCAGCGCGCCGAGGCGACGGGCCCCUUACUGCGCGCUGCCAAGGACCAGGGAGAGGCCGCGUGGAGGCAGGCGUCGAGUACACAGGCUGCUCGGCUGGUCGAGCUCGUCGGACCGGUGCGCCCGCAGGGCCACUUGCUCAUUCGCCUCGCGGGUUUGGCGCAGCAAGACAGCUUCGCGCCUGCCGACGCCCAGCUGUUGCAGAACGCUUUGGCCACGGUGUCCACAACCAGCGGCGGGACGUGGACGUCGCAAAGUUUCGAGCGUUUCCCGUACUUUUUGAGUGGUGAAGUGUGGGCCGUGCUCAACGACCCCAGCGGGGACGUCUUGCACAAGGCUCGCACCGUUCUGUCGUUUCUCUCGACGAAGCUGGGCCUCACGAGCCCGUCAGAAGGCACCUACGCGCAUUUGACGGCCCUCGUGACGAUCUGCGUAGAGGGUGCCCCGACGGCAGAGCCCUUGGAGAAGAUGGUCUCGCUCCCCACUGACCCCAACGCGUUCCGAGCUGCGUUCCCCGCCACGUGGGUCGCUGCGUACGGCGACGGUGGCCCUGCAAACAUCGGAGUGUCUUACGUCGAUGUCUCUGUGGUGGCUAAGGCGUUCAAGUGGCGGGACAGGCAAACUGGCCCCGCCUCGUCGCCCACGUUGCAGGCUAUGCAGCAGAUGAUGGGGCAGACGCUGCAGCACUCUCAGCAAGAGAGGCUCGCGAACGGUUCGAUGUUGACGUUCACGCAGAAGCAGCCGCGCAGCCUCGCUGGC